AUGGAUGGCGUUUAUUUGCCUAAUGGUCGUCAACUUGCAUUAAUUGAUCGUGAGUGGAUUCUUGACGAAUUACCUCAUUUAGGCAAUCCUGACGAUAAUUCUGACGCCAAUUAUUUACUUGCAUCGGCAGCAGCCGCUAAUUGUAGUACUCGCAUAGCAACAGGUAGUUCACUGGGCCGAACGACAUCAACGAUUGGAACCGGUAGUGGUUCAUCACACGGAACAACUCAUACCGUUAGUGCAACUAACAGAACUAUUGAUAGUACAGGAGCUGUUGGUAGUACAGGAGUAAAUCAUCACGCAACAGAAAUUAACCACAACAAUAGCGUAUCGUAUAAUCCAGACGAAUUUGAAAGUGAUUUGACAUUGCUGUCGGAAAUUGUUGACGAAACACAAAAUAAGUGGUCUGAUUUUGGUCUUAAUCAAUUGCUUACAUCCUAUGCGCGUUCCAAUCAACCAACAUUCAAAUAA